CAACCGGUGACAUCGACCAAGCGCACCAUAGUGCUCCGACCAGGAUGGGAAUGGCGAUUCGACAUUGGCUUCAACUCGAGCAGCGACGUGACGGUGCGGCUAGAGGCGGGGACGUGUGAGCGCGACGGCAUCGAGCUGGCGCUGCGCACGACGUACAAGCUGCGGGGCACGCGGUCGCGGCUCCUCUCGUGGCACGGGUGCGAGCUGGAGGUGGACGGGCGCUGCGAGUCCGAGGGUGUGGUGGAGUUUGGCACGCCGGCCGAGAACGGAUUCGCCAACGGGCUGCUGAAUCUGCACUCGUGCCUCAACGACAUGAGGGCCGUCGCGGCGCGCGGCGGUGCCGAGGGCCCUCGUGUCCUCGUCACGGGGGGCGGACCGUCAGCACCCCUCCCGGAGAACGGGCACGCAGCUGCCGGUGCUACCGCUUCCGCUGGCGGUGGGGCACCGCCGCCGUCCACGGGCAAGUCCACGGCUGUGAGGACGCUGGCCAGCUACGCCACCAGGCAGGGGCACCAGCCCCUCGUGGUCAACGCGGACCCGCGCGAGGGGAUGCUCACCCUGCCCGGCACGCUGAGCGCCGCCGUGCUGGCCACAGUGAUGGACCCGGAGGCCGCGGAUGCCUGGGGUAGCACACCCACCACCGGCCCGAGCAGCGUGCCCGUCAAGCUGCCCAUCGUGCACUACUACGGCCACGGGGACCCGGCGAGGGACGACGACGGGUACCGGGAGCUUACGGCCAAGCUGGCCGCCACCGUCACCGCGAGGCUCACAGCUAGGGACGACGGGCAUGUCAUGGCCUCGGUCAAUGUCAUUGUGGUUGUUGGGUCGAGCGAGUCAGAGGCAGAACUGUCAAGACGCUUCUCCAACGAAAAGACUAGUCUGGGUGAGCCGAUACAGGUCGUCAGGAUCGAACCCCCCCCCGGUGUGUGGCAGCGCGAGGAGGCGUUUAUGCAGCGCUCUCGCGAGGCGGCCAUCAAGGAGUACUUUUUCGGGGAUGCUCGUAGGACACUGAGCCCCCAGAUCCAGCAUAUGGGGUUCGAUGAAGUGGGAUACACUCAGCUGGUAAAAGAGGAACCCUCGACGCUGAUGCAGCACUGGACACUGGCCAUCAUGCACGCCUCGACUAGGGACCCUCCCGAGGUGGUCAGGGCGGCCAGCGUGAUGGGGUACGUGUACGUGUCGGAUGUGGAUGAGGAGAGACGGAAGAUCAAGCUGCUCUCGCCCGUGAGCGGCCGGCUCGGAGACCGACCGAUGGUGUGGGGAUCGUGGCCGGAACCGCACAUGAAUCUGCUGGGAUAG